GCUGGAUUGUGGAUGCAGAGACGCUUGCUCUAUGAAAACCCGGGACAGCAUGAAAGUGGAGUAAACCUUGAUGUGUUGCUUAGAGGCUGAGUACCUAUAUAGGCGACGACUUAGCCGUCUGUUUCAAGAACGCUUUGUUAAAUUAAGAGAAUCAUGUGGCCAUAGAGCAUGCCCUAUAGCAUGCAGUGAGAAAGCUAUAAGAUGCCCCCUUCGCCUUCGUGCUGCUAUUCUGUUUUCUUGCUUCUUUAACUCUACUAUUUUCCAUCCACACCAACAUCAUGUUGCGGUCAGCACUUGUCUCAGCGGUAUUACUUCUGUCAAACGUCGCUUAUGGCGCACUCACAUACAAGGGAGCCGAUAUCAGCUCUCUCAUUAUGUUGGAGAAUCAAGGAAAGACCUUCAAAACGACUGCUGGAGUCACCCAGCCUCUUGAAUCCAUUCUCAAGCAGUCAGGAGCAAACUCUGUUCGUCAAAGAGUCUGGGUCAAUCCUGCAGAUGGCAACUACAACCUCGACUACAAUGUUAAACUAUCCAAGCGCGUUGUUAAUCAGGGCAUGAGCGUCUACCUUGAUCUUCACUACUCGGACACAUGGGCAGACCCGUCACAUCAGACUACGCCAUCGAAAUGGGACGACAGCACCAUCGGUAACCUCAAGUAUACAGUAUACAACUACACCCUGGCAGUAUGCAAUCGUUACGCAGCAGAGGGUAUUAGUCCAGCCAUCGUGUCGAUUGGAAACGAGAUCAGAGCUGGCCUCCUCUGGCCCCUGGGCGGGACGAGUUCUUACUAUAACAUUGCAGACAUUCUCCAUUCUGCUUCAUCUGGCAUCAAGGACUCCAAGCUCUCGAAGAAGCCUCAGAUCAUGGUCCACCUUGAUAACGGCUGGGACUCGGGCACUCAGCUGUGGUGGUACAAGACAGUCCUCGGUCAAGGACCUUUGAAGACGAGCGACUUUGACAUGAUCGGGGUGUCAUACUAUCCUUUUUACGACGAGAAAGCUUACCUGGGUAGCUUGCAGUACUCACUCGAGCAACUUGCAUCUACAUAUGGCAAACAGAUGGUAGUUGCCGAGACCAACUGGCCAGCCAAGUGCAGUAAGCCUGCAUACAAGUUCCCAUCGGAUGCUACAUAUAUUCCUUUUUCUUCGGCUGGACAGGAGGAAUGGAUCGAAGCAGUUGGUAAGAUUGUCGCAGGUGUCAAGGGCGGCGCAGGUCUUUACUAUUGGGAGCCUGCGUUCUUGGGUAACGCAGGUCUAGGAUCAAGCUGCGAGGACAAUCUGCUGGUUGACAGUAAUGGCAAAGCAACAGUUGGGCUUUCUGCUUUCAAGAACAUUUAGAAAGAUUAGUUAUCGAACGUCAAAAUGGACCCCUG